AUGAUACCUGAGGCCACAAAUUUAUUGCAUGCAAUGCUGGUCAUGAAAGAACUUGAUGCAGCUCUAGCUAGAUUGCAGAAAGGCGACAAUAUUUCCCCAACCAAAUGUCGACCGGAAGAAAUUGUUGAUACAGUGGAGAAGCUACGGUGGAGGAUCUUAGAUGUUACAUCUCUUAUGCGAAGCUCUGUAACAUUCGUCAGCCUUGAGCAACCGGAAACUGCUGUUUCACGUUGGUCACGAGCUAAAAUUCGAGUUGCCAAGUUAGUAAAAGGUUUGUGCGUGGAUGAGAAGGCUCAAAAAUUAGUUCUCAAGUACUGGCUAGAAGCAAUUGAUCCAUGCCACCGCUACGGUGGAAAUUUACACCUUUAUUAUGUUGAAUGGCUCAAGAGCCAGAGCCCUCAGCCUUUCUUCUACUGGCUAGAUUUUGGAGAUGGUAGAGAAGUCUCACUCGAUCAGUGUCCAAGGAUUUCUCUGCAAGAUCAAUGCAUCCAAUAUCUUGGCCCGAAAGAGAGGGAAGCAUAUGAAGUAAUCAUAGAGUGUGGGAAGCUUGUGUACAUGCGAAGUGGUUGUCCUGUGGACACUCCUGAGGAUACUAAAUGGAUAUUUGUUCUGAGCACAAGAAGGAAAUUGUACGUAGGAGAGAAGAAAAAAGGCUUGUUUCAGCACUCGAGCUUUUUUGCAGGAGGGGCUACUAUUGCCGCUGGACGACUGAUUUCUUGUAAUGGAACCCUUCAGGUAAUUAAGCUUGCUAUAUGGUCGUACAGUGGCCAUUAUCGUCCACCGGAAGAGAAUUUCGUGGAGAUGAUUCGCUUCUUAGAGGGACAUCAUGUGGACUUGAGCCAUGUCAAGACAUUCCCUUUAGAUGACGACGUUCCUCCGCCACCGCCACCACCACCACGACGAAACGCUCCUCCAGAAGAGCGGCGAGAUUCAGAGACCGUCAGAACUCCUCCACGAAAAAAUCCGUCAACCGCCGAUAAUCCAUACGACGCUAACAAUCUCUAG